CAGAAGCUUUUAGGCGAGGCCAGCUUGCCAAGAACACAGGGGAGUCGAUCAAUAGCCGAAGUAAAGGGGGAUGUACACCUUUGACUGAUGUCUCUCUCUCUCCCUCUCCCUCGCGCCCUCCAGCAAGAUUGUCCCAGCGGCCGCCUCACGCCCGACAAGUUCGUUGACAUGUACAAGAUGUUCUUCCCCUCCGGCAACGCUGAAGAGUUCUGCGACCACGUGUUCAGAACCUUCGACAUGGACAAGAAUGGCUACAUAGAUUUCAAGGAAUUCCUGUUGGCCAUCGACGUGACGAGCGCGGGCACGCCCGAAGAGAAGCUCAAAUGGGCCUUCCGCAUGUACGAUGUGGACGGUAACGGCGUCAUCGACGUGCAGGAGAUGACCAAGAUUGUCCAGGCCAUCUACGACAUGUUGGGUACCAACUCUGCCAAUCGGCCGGCAGACAGUGCUGAAGAGCGAGCCAAAGCUAUCUUCUCCAAGAUGGAUGAAAAUAAUGAUGGCAAUUUGACACAGGAAGAGUUCCUUAAAGGUUGCUUGCAAGACGAAGAGCUGUCCAAGAUGCUCACACCAGGAGCUUAAUAGAGUUAUAAUUUGUGACGAAGUUGAACUAUCUUAUGACAUAAGGCAUCAUCUAGAUAGGGAACCAGCAGCUAUUCUAGGAGACACUAGACAGCCCUCAUCACAAACAUUUAGGAAAAUAUACAAGUUUACAACCAUUUUAUGACAGCCAUCAGAAGUAGAUUGAUGACCAAGGCUCCAGGCGUUAGGUAUUAAAAAGGGGGAGAGAGAGACUGUGAAACAAAUAUUUUAGGAGAAUUUAAGCAGCAUUUACACAAGGUAGAUUGCCAUUGAUUUUAGAAUAUGACUUUUAAUAUACCUGUGAAAUGGAGUAUAGGGGAUGACUAAAUAAACACCGGAAUGUCUGUGUGUGUGUGUGUGUGUGUGUGUGUGUGUGUGUGUGUGUGUGUGUGGUGUGUGUGUGUGUGUGUGUGUGUGUGUGUGUGUG